GAUGUGGGAUAAUUCUGCGUGGGUCUGUACAUGAUCAAUCUUUGGCCCGGAUCUUUAGUCCUGGCAGCUGUUUACGGUGCUGUUUGAAUCUGCUUCCACUGCACUUUUGGGUCCAACAAUCGGACAAUGGGUUCAACGCCUCACUUACGUACAGGUCCUUCGGCUAUGGUUGGUGGCUCAGAAUCUCUCUUUCCGACUCUCAAGUCCACAAACUUCACAGCCUUCGUCUCGCUGGUUGCAUUAGCCAACGCCUCUGGCGCCGUUGGCUCUCUUUCCAAUCUUGCUGGCACCAUCUUGAUAGAAAGAGAAUGGGUUGUGGUGAUUUCGGAAGGCCAUCCUCCAGAUGUGCUAACAAAGACCAACUCAACCAUCAGACGGAUCGAUCUGACCUGCAAGCUUCUGGCACCAGUGGUUUCUGGUUUCAUCAUCAGCUUUGUAUCAUUAAAAGCAUCUGCCAUAACUUUAUCCUGCUGGAACAUUGCAGCAGUAUUGCUGGAAUACCUGCUCUUCAUGUCUGUGUAUAAAGGGAUCCCAGCUCUAGGCGAGAGUAACCACAAAAAGAGGGAUUCAAGACCUUCGCCACCAGGAGUUGAUCUUCAUGAUGCAGGAUUUUAUAGUAAGGGAUGGGGAGCCAGAGUAUGUGAAUGGCUCUCUUGGAGAGUGUACUUGAAACAAAGUAUUGUGCUUCCUGGUGUAGCUCUUGCUUUGCUGUUUUUCACAGUCCUCAGCUUUGGCACCCUGAUGACAGCAACAUUAGAGUGGGAGGGAAUUCCUGCUUAUGUAAUUGGGCUAGGUCGAGGUGUAAGCGCCAUCAUCGGAAUAUCUGCUACUUCUGUAUACCCAAUCAUGCAGUCUCAGCUUUCAACUCUCAGAACGGGACUUUGGUCUGUAUGGUAUCAGUGGGCUUGCCUUGUUGUAUGUGUUGGUGGAAUAUGGGUCCAUAGCCAGACACUAUCUGCAUAUAUGCUCAUGGCUGGAGUCGCAACAUCUCGACUUGGCUUAUGGAUGUUCAGACUUAUCCUGCCAAAUGAAUUGAAGGAUCGUGUUGCUGAAUCUGAUCGUUGCAUUGUGGGAGGUGUUCAGAACUCUCUUCAAUCUGCUCUUGAUCUGCUGGGUUAUGUGAUGGGCAUAAUCAUCUCAGACCCAAAGGAUUUCUGGAAGCUGAGUUUGAUAUCCUUCGCUGCUGUAACCAUGGCUGUCCUUCUGUAUAGCAUACACAUACCGGGUCCGAAAGCACCUCAUUCACUUUGA